AUGAUCAGAGCACUCCAUCUCCCAUCACGGCUUCUUCUCGGAUCGUCUUAACGUUCCUGAAGAAGCAGAUAUACGUAUACACACACACACACACACACACAGACGAUAACAAAAGUCUCUUUGUUUCCUCUGUUCAGUUUUCCAUAGCCAUGGCAGCUUCUUGCAAAAACUCCAUGGUUACGUCUCUUCUGUUCGCUAUUGGUUGUGUCUUCUUCCUGAGUACGUUUACACACGCAGAGCUUCAAAAAUUCCUGCAUCCACCCAAACCCGAUGGCUCCCUCAGUUUUCUGGUAAUCGGCGACUGGGGUCGGAGAGGCGAGUAUAAUCAAUCUCAAGUUGCUUUUCAGAUGGGAAGGAUGGGGGAGGAACUGGACAUCAAUUUUAUAAUUUCUACUGGAGAUAAUUUCUACGAAAAUGGAUUGACCAGCGAACACGAUGAAGCGUUUGAAGAAUCCUUCACUAAAAUCUACACUGCAAACAGCUUGCAAAAGCCAUGGUACACCGUUCUGGGUAACCAUGAUUACAGGGGAGAUGCAGAGGCUCAGCUUAAGCCUCUUCUCAGAGAAAUCGAUACGAGAUGGAUCUGCUUGAGAUCUUUCGUUGUCGACGCCGAACUGGUGGAGAUUUUCUUUGUGGACACCACUCCAAUGGUGGAUUCCUACUUCAUAAAUUCAGAAGGUCAUACUUAUGAUUGGCGUGGUUUACCCUCCCGCAAGGCUUACAUUGCUGCUAUGCUCAAGGAUGUAGAAUCGGCAUUGGAGAAAUCAAGAGCAAAAUGGAAGAUAGUGGUUGGUCACCAUGCAAUCAGAAGUAUUGGGCAUCACGGUGACACCCAGGAACUAAUUAACCAGCUUCUCCCCAUCCUCAAGGCCUACGAUGUUGACCUGUACAUGAAUGGUCAUGACCAUUGUCUGGAACAUAUCAGCGACACAGAGAGCCCGAUUCAAUUUUUAACGAGCGGAGCCGGGUCGAAGUCAUGGAGAGGAGACAUGAAAGAGACGAACAGAGAAGGGGUGAAGUUGUUCUACGACGGACAAGGUUUCAUGUCGGCCGAGUUGACUCAGUCGGAUGCAGAAAUCGCUUUCUAUGAUGUUAUGGGAACGGUCUUGCACAGAUGGAGGGUGUCCAAACAGCUCCAUUCAUCCAUUUAGAAGCUUUUUAAAUUUUGCUGCCACCGAUAUUUAUUUUUUAUUUUUUUAUAAUUCGCCUUGCUAUUUUGAUUGGUGCAAGGAAAGGCUUAAAGUUUCAGACGUACGAGUAGCAUUAGAUUGAAUAAUGUAUGAUUUAUAUUUCUUUAUCUUAGUUUUAUAAUAUGUUUUAUU